AGUUUUCAUCUUCAGAGAUAAUUCAUAAUUCAUGUUGUACAGUUUAAAUUUUAACGUCAUUUUGAUAGACUUGUUCGAAAACAUUUUGUGUUUUGGCGAGCUAAUUACAAUGGAAAAAAUAAUACAGUUACAAGAAAAGCGUGUAAAAAUAGAUACGUUAGUGGUUAAAAAUUUAUGGCAAACUGAAAUUGUAGAUGAAACUAAAAGAAAUCAAGACCAUGAACGAUUUCAUGAAGAUGAAUCUAAGAUUAAAGAAUUAACAUUAAAAUUAACUGUUAUGGAAGAAAAGUUAUGUCCAGAAACUCAAAAUUUGGAGCAUAAAAAUAACGAGUUAACGAAACAUAAUACUUAUUUGGAAAAACUAGAAGCAGAAAGAAAAAAGUUUUUACAAGAGAUUAAAGAAAUGGAGGAAAAACGAAACAACUUGAAGUCUUUUAAACCAAACUUACAAGAUCAACAAGUGCUAGAACUAGGAAAAAAAAAAUUAAAAUUGUACAAAAAGUUAACGAGGGUGCAAUGGGAUUAUGAAGCUACAAAACAUAGCGUAAAAGGCUAUGUUUCAAACAAAUGUGAUUAUAUUAAUCAUUUUUGUUAUGAAAAUCAAGAGCCUAAUGACAAAUUAGUAGACUCUUUAUGGCAUGAAAUAUAUUUGUCUACUAGCAAAAUUAGAAAUUAAAAUUUCUAAACAUAUACAACUGUACAAUAUGGUAUUUUUAAUUUAAUGCUUUAUUUUAUAGUUUUUCUUUUCUUAAAUUUGUUACAUCUUAAUUUAGCUUAUUUGUACAAUAUCAAUAAUCAGUAUUAAUUAAUCAUUAAUAAGUUAUGUAAAAUUAAUGCAGUUUAUUCUAUUUAUAAUAAAUGAGAUUGUUCUUGUUACUGUAAAA